CUGAUUCAAUUGACAGUUAAAUGUAACCAAACAUGAUCAAGUAAGACCCUUUCAAGAAAUUCUCAAGACAAAAUUCAAAAUUUUUAGUGACAUAAUAACUUAUAGUUUUAUUCUGUAUACAUAAAGAGACCCAGAGGCUUCCAUUAUGGGGGAUAGAAAUCCGUGUGAUCGUGUGCGACUUACAAAAUGUGCAAGACCUUGUCCCAUUGUUGGAAAUGUAGCGCCAUUGCAGCCCACCAGAGUUGGACAUCCAAGGUCACCGCGUCCUUCACCUGUAUGCGAACCUGAACCGCCUUGUCCUGAACCCGAAUCUGAUUGGAAUUUUAUGGAUCAAGAUCUUCCGAGCUGCCCAUUUGACCUUUUGGAACCUCAAGCACGGCUGUAUGACACAAGCAUGCAAGUCUGCGCUGAACCAGGUAGUCCAAUACCAAUGGGCAUUAGUGAACAAGAAAAAAUGGCAGCGAUAUUCGAAUUCGACCCGUGUUAUACAAGACCAUCGCCGCAGGCUCGUAGAGUUUCUUUCGAACAGCCGGGAGAAGGGGCGGCUGACGACUUGGCCUCCAUAUUUGGUUGCCCGCCAACACCUUGUCCACCAAUGGAUGCGGCGGAUGUUUGUGAACCUGCACCAGUUUGUCCACCAACGGAUGUUUGUGAACUUCCACCAGCUUGUCCACCAGCUUGUCCACCAGAUGUAGAGGAUGACGAUGAUGAUGACCUGGGGAUCUUGGAGAUUGAAGAGAUAUAUACAUUGGAAGAAGAGUUCCUGACAGCAGUUACUGAGCCACCUGGAGCCGCUUGUGCACCUGAGGAGGAUUUAGAUUACUUUGAAGUAGACGAUGCUGAUGAUCCCACAUUUGCUUACGACCCACAUGUUGGAGAAAAUUUUGAUCAAUUUCAAUUGCGUGUGAAUGAACCCAGAAGGGUAACUGCAGACGAAUGCGCAUUCAGAGAUCUAGAAAUGAAUGUUUCUGAAUUGCCAUCGAAACGUAUGGCUCUGCGGAGUAGAAAAUACAAGUACGAGGACUGUCUGAAACCUCGCGCUCCACCUCGUCAACAGUGCCCUCCACCGGAGGAACCUCCUUGUCCUCCAGAGCCGCCUUGCCCACCAACGCCUCCUCCGCCUAGUCCACCUGCACCCCCUCCAAAACAAACUCAGCAAAAAAAGACUUCCAAAGCUAGGACUAGGAAGUCUCUGUGCCCCCCAAAGGAGAGGGUAUCCCUUUUACCUCCUUAUAUGCAGGCUAGAAAAGCAGCUGCAGAGUCCACCGCAGGUCCUUCGAGAGCCACUGGCCAAAAACUAACGAGCGGUCAAGGACGAGGACUGGUUCGCCCUAAGAGUCAACAUGGUGCUGCGGGAACUUCAAGAGGUACUGGAAUACCGACCGGUAGGGGAACCGGACUUAGAAGACCAACUACUGGAAAUAAUUGUAGGGAAGAAAGACGACCAAUGACAGGCCAUGACGUAGAUAUGGAUUUAGUCAGAGGUAACAUAGCUCCACCUGGAGCUGCACCACCAAAUCCGUUUUGUCCUCCAGAAAAACGACCUUCGCGUAUCAGCCAGUUAGCGCAGCCCAAGCGACGUUGUUAACGAAAAAAGAAAAGAAAAGAUCCACAUUUGCAGUCAUCCGUAGUUGGCCGUUACACAGUGAAGUAAUAUUAUGCAUACAGAAUAAAACUAUCAAAGUUAUACAACUUUAUGGUACUAAA